AUGCCGCUGUACGGCCCUCUGCCCUUCACAACAAUUUUUGUCGAUUUUUUUCGCGUGCCGCCACACCUUCGCCGCCUCAUACCGGACGGCCGCCGCCGACCUGGUGACUCUCUUCCGUCCACAACAGCAGGCGAGCGACCCUGCGGGUCGCCCAACCCUGCUCAGUCUCAGUCUUCUGUUUCUGUGCAAAACUCACGUCCUCCGCCUUCGCCUCCGCAGGCAAGUCUGUCUCCGCCAGCUGCUGCACCUCCCUCCUUGCCCCCGGCGCGGCCUACAGGGCCCCCCGGGGCUUCCUCAGCGCCCUCGCGUCCCCCCGCUCGCUCCCCCCUGCCGGCCGCGUGUGCCCCUGCGGCGCAGCCUUCUGAGCGCGGAGCUGCGGAGGAAGAGACGCUCCUUCUUCCGAAGGGAGCGCCUUCAGGAGAAGCGAGACAAGGCCAACACUCGGAGGGAAACGCGGCACGGCGGGAACGACAGCUCGACGCCCGUGGAGAGAGCAGCGAGAGAGGAGACUUUCACUUCUACGCGGAGAAUCCGUGGGUCUUCCUCCUCUCGCACCUCCACCAGGACCACAUCAGCGGCCUCCACGGGCUCUGGCGCGAGGGCCGCAUCUUCUGCUCGGCGGCCACGCGUCGCCUCCUGCUUCUCCGCUUCCCUCUCCUGGCCCCCUGCGUGGCUGCCCUCGACCUCCACCGAGUCUACCGUCUUUGCUUUCACGCGAAAAACAGCGCGCCAAGGGAAGGGAAAGAGCUUCGCGGCGGGCGAAGGAGCGAAGAAACGCAGAAGAAGGGCGACACGGGGGACGACUCUGAGGCGCAGGAGGGUGCGCAGAGCGCACACUUCGAUAGAGAGAGGAAGCUCACGAUCAGGAGGAGGAGGAACGCCGAGGAAGCAGCUGCAGCCUCGCGAGCAGAGACGCCAGCGCGACUUGACGCAGCGGCAGCGGGGAAAGACUGGGGAAAUCUGAUAAUACCUGACGGCGACAGCAGGCGCCUCCACGACCCAGACCUGCCUCCGAGUGCAGGCCAGAAGGAAAGCCGCGAAACCGACGGCUUGGGAGCUCGGACACCGGCAAACAGCCCGACGGCGAAACUGAGCGGCGAUGCGCACGAGGAUGACGCAGCGGACAGCAAGGAGAUAGCGCAUGCAGAGGAGACGCUCUCGCUUCGAGGAUCAGGGAGUCGGCCGCGAGGAAGAAACGAAAAGGAACAAAAGGAUGCGCUCAUCGUGCGACUCAUGCUCGUGGACGCCCACCACUGCCCAGGAUCUGUCGUCUUCGUGCUCCAGUCGCCUGCCUUCGGGGUGUACGUACACACGGGUGACUUCAACUGCAACCCAGACACGGUUAAUGGAUUGAUCGAGAACGUCAAAGAUGCGAUUUCGUGCCUGAAACGCGACGCGGAAGCGUACCUCUGGCCCUUGCCUGCUGCCCUUCCGUGCGCCACACAAGCCGAGCAAUCGCUCUUUUUUGUGCAUGAUGGGAACGGACACGACGCCGAAGUGGUUGCAGAGGAGGCUCUGUACAGAAGGCAGCAACAGUCGCGAAUCGGCCGAACUUCGAUCGGACGCCAGGCCUCUUCUUCGUCUCUUCUGUCUGCCUCGGCUGUGGCGGUGUCUCCUUGUGCAUGCGACUCGUCUGGAUUUGCAGCCUCGUCGUGCCCUGCUGCUUGUGCUGCCUCUCCUACUUCUUCCUCAGAGUCGGCCUGUGAUUCGUCCGCCGAUGCGUGCGCUUUGUUUUCCUCUUCUCUCUUGUCUUCUUCCUCUCUGCGUUCUUCUCAGCUCGUUUGCGCAUCUCCCCCAAGCGCAUCGGAAGGCGGAGACUGCUGGUCGUGCGCCGGCAUCGGCUUUCGCGAAGGACAGCGCGACGCGAUUGAUCACUUGUUCCUGGACAACACCUACCUCCACCCUGUCUUUGAUUUUUCGUCUUCGCCUGCGAGCUUUUCUCGCCUUCUUUCGAGGAUCCGCUCCAUUAGUUUUCUGCUCUCCACGCGCGCGAUCGCCAAGCAAACCCGCGAGAGGCUUCGAACGGCAACGUCCUGCGAUGCCUCUCCACCAUGCGGCCCUUCCCACGAUGUCCCCUCAUUCUCCUCAUCCUCAGCGUCCCCGAUUCCAUCGGAGGCCUCGCAGUUCUCUUCGCCUCCGGCUGCGGCGUCUCUAUGGAUUUUGGUCGGAGUGGACUCGCUGGGAAAGGAAGCGUUGUUGCAGGCUCUCUCUGAAAAGCUGCGGGUGCCUGUUCGCGUCUCCGCUGUGCGCUUCGACGCGCUGAAGCAGCUAGUCGCCGAUUCUUCAUCGCUCGCCCGCCACUUUCGCCGAGGGCUGCCUGAGGACCUCGAGCGCGCGCUGGCCUGCCGCCGCCACCAAGAGCCUUCCUGCGCUUCCCCGAAGAAGAAAAAAUGCAGAGAAAAACAAGCCGCGCGCGCACAGGCGCCUCCUUUCCACGGGCUGCAGACAGACGUGCGACAAACCGACAGGCAGCGGCACGCCAGCUGGAGUGUACAUACAGCUGACCAGGGAACGGCGCCGCACGCAUGCUGCCCCUGUUCACCGUGUCUCCAGUGCGAGUUCUGCACCGCCAGCUCGCGCGAGGAAGGGCAGACAAGAAAAAGGAGAAAAGGGGCGUGCAAUGUAGAGGCUUGCGAAGAGGCAAAAGCGAAUGGCGACCGGAACGAAUCAUGCAGGCGACUACAUGAUGGAGAAGCCAGAGGGCGCCAAGUGGAUAUCCCCAGUGAGCGAGAAGAAGGCGAACUCAGCGAAGAAGAGAUGGACGAGAUACUCGUUGAUGAAGAAAGAGAUGAAUGGGGGCAGAGAGGCGGAAAAAAAGAAAUGUGUCGAGUGCAACUGUUCGCUGUAAGCCGACGUCUGCUCCGCAGAUGCCUCAUGUGCCUGCACAGACAGUGGGAGUCUGCAGUGUACAUGCACCGUACUUCAACGCAGCGAGGGGCACGAGGACUCUGCGAGCCGCGUACAACGGAGAAAAGGAUCCUUUCGCGAACCGUCGUGGGCGUCGUGUGUUCGGAAGCUGGCCCCUGGCCAGGCGUCUGCUUAGGCGUAUCUGGCAGUGGCCCAGCUCGCGACGACCCUCUCUUCGCGUCUUCUCUGCGGAGCCUUUUUCCUCUCUCUUCUUCCUUAACAGGGGAGGCGGCCGCAGACGAAAGCGAGAAUAACGUCCCGCCUUUGCUCUCGCUUCUGCACUCCUCCCACUCGGACUUUUUUCACCUCUGUCGGUUCACCCUGGCGCUGAAACCGCAGGCGGUGUCUCUCCUCUCGCCAGUCCCCUGUCCGUACGCCCGAAGGCAGACUGCCGUUGCAGAGGAACGAGACUCUGCUGCCGCGUCCGCGGCGGUUGACGCAAAUCCUUCACUGCUUCCUAGCUCUUGCUCCGCCAGUGUCGCUUCUGCGUCCGCUGCUUUCUUCUCCUCAUCUUCGGAUCUCCCCAGCAACCAACGAACGCCUCAUUUCGUUUCUGCCUCUGCGACGGCUUGCUGUUUCCCUUCAUCUGUGCACUCCUCGCUUGAUACUCCGUUUGGUCAGCCUCCUCUUCCUCUCUCGUCUUCUCCUCCUCCGCUUCUCUAUUCCUCACCUGCUUUCCCCAAGGCUGGGCCCUCGACUCCCAAUAUAAGCCGAGCAGGACUCUCCGCGUGCGUUGAGGACCUGGAGGGGGAGAGCGGCGAGCUCUCAUUUUUCUCGGUGGGAGACAUGCUCAUGCAGGAGCACUUCUUGCAGGACUUCACGGAGGAGGCGCAGCAGUCGCACUCUCUUGGAGGAAGGCUCGCGCCUCUUUCUUCCUCUGCCUCUGCCGCGACACAGGGGGCCAUCGGCGCCGCUUGCGCGUCCACUGUGUCUCCUGUGCCUGCCUUUUCUCAGUUCAAAGAAUCCGUUUCCGCGUCCCCUUCGUCCCCGCCGGGAUGUCCUUCUCCGCCCCCGGUGUCUUCGCAUUGCGCGGCUCCCGACGCGUCGUGGUCUUCUUCUGCUUCAUCAUCACCAUCAUCUACUUUUUCUUCCACUUGCUCGCCUUUGCCUCCUGGUGCCGUGUAUACCGGCCCAGGGGCUUACGACGGCGAUGAGGGCCUAGCGCUCUUCAUGGAGGCUUGCGGCGUGCCCUCUGUUUUUCUCGCUGCUGGGCGAUCCUGCUUUUCGGCUCUGCGCUCCACGAAGAGAUCGCGCCUGGGGCCCCGCCCCAGCGGACUGCCGAGAGAGAGACGGUCGACGCGGGGGUACCCUUUCAAAAACGACGAAAUCUUUGUCUGCCCGCGCCACGGCUACCUGAUUGAAAAGCAGAGAGAACUUUCUCAGCGCGAAAAAAGCGGCGGAGCCCCCCCGGGACAGGCGCCCCUCGCUUCCGCGCACUGUGUAGACACAGAGACAUAUGUCCCUCUGCAGGCCAGAACGCACGCGAGCGAGGCUGAAAAAAAUGCCAGAAAGGAGCACCACACUGACAGUCCUCCACUGCAGGCCGCGCAAAAAGAGGACCCGACACAGGCAGAAGCUGACGUAGGCUCCACGGAAGGAACCUCUUUUGCAGAGUUCGAGCACAAAGUGCAGUCCGACGCUCCAGGCCCCAGAGCCAAGCGUACCUACACCCGAGGCGCGCGUUCUGGCGACGAGGCGCGGGCAGUUCCUCUGCUUUCUGGCUCGCAUCUGGAGGGAAACCGAAGCGGGCCCCCAGGCCAAAAUUCGAUUCGAACGGCAGAUACCCGCAGGAGCUCCGUGGAUUCUGCCCCUCUCUCCAUUCUUUCUCAGUCGAGAGCUAACGCAGCCCAUGGGUCACUCCCCGCCGCCAGCAGCGCCCGCGUCUAUUCCAUCGAUGAUUCAGACGACGACGCGCGCGUGGAGGAGGCCGAGAAGAUUUCUCCGAGGGAGGCGCGGAUAGAGAAUGAAGAAGACUCAAGAGCGCCAAGCGAAGAUGAGAGUGACGACAGAGCCGCGGGAAGGCGCCGAGGCUUCACACCUCGGUGGAUUCACGCCCCGCGCAGGUGUCUCCUUGGCAGAAAACAGGGCAAGGGGCUCUUCAGAAAAAUUUGA